AUGACAGGCAAGCGUGAUGUUUUUAUUAUCUCUAUUGUAGGAGAAGGCGGGAUCGGCAAGACUACUCUUGCAAAAAUUGUCUUUAGUGAAGUCAAACAACAGUUCGAGGAACGUAGGUGGUGGGUUUGCGUUUCUGAGAGGCCAAAGGGUAAGGAUUUAUUGCGGAAAAUACUGAAGGAAGGAGAGGUAGAGAGCACUCUUAUGAGAGGUGCAAUGGGGAGCAAAAUUUUGAUCACUAGUCGAAAUAUAGAUGUCUCCAAAGGGAUCGGAGCUUUAUAUAUGCAUAGAUGGCCAAUGUUGAGAGAAGAUGAGAGUUGGAAUUUAUUUUUGAACAAGGCAUUGAGGACCGAAAUUGAUUUGGUGCGCCACAAGUUGCAAGAUAUUGCAAAAGCAAUAGUCAAGAAGUGUGGUGGGUUGCCACUUGUGGUCCAAACAGUUGGGUCCUUAAUGCGAACAAAAAACAUGAAAAAAGCAGAGUGGAAGGAGGUUGCGGAUAGUGUGAUUUGGGAAUGGAAGAUGCCUGCCUCUUCCUCUUCCUCUCAAUAUGGUAGCAUUCUUCCUGGUCUCAUACUGAGCUACGAUGACUUGCCGCCUUAUUUGAGGAGUUGUUUUGUUUAUUGCAGCAUUUUCCCAAAGAAUCAUGAGAUCAAAAGGGAGGGAUUGAUCAUGCAAUGGGUGGCACAUGGUGGAAAGGAAUAUAGGCAUGCGUCUGCUACUGAGCAAACCCGCCAUUUGUCAUUACAUGGUGAAGCGGCCAUGCAAUAUAAUGCCUCAGUUGCAGCAAACAAGGUGCGGACAAUAUUGUUGAGUGCAUCCUUGUCUUCAGUGGAAUUCACCAAUUUUAAGUGGUUGAGGGUGUUGUCAUUGAGGGGAUGUCAAAUGGAUGAGCUACCAAACUCCAUUGAAUGCCUUUCACUUCCAAAAUAUCUUGAUCUAAGUGUGUCUAAUGUGAGACGGUUGCCCAGUUCAAUCGCUAACAUGCCUGCCUUGGAGUCGUUGGAGGUAAGAUAUUGUCACAGCCUAGAGCAAGUAGGUGAGAUGCCUGCUCUCAAGUCAUUGAAGGUGGACAGAUGUGAUGGGCUGAAGGCUCUGGCCAACAUGCCUGCCUUGGAGUCGCCGGACGUGAGAGAUUGUAACAGCCUAGAGCAAGUAGCAGAUUAUCACAUGCCAGCUUUAAAAAGAUUGAGGUUGUCUGACCUAAACACUCUGAAGCAGCUCCCUACUCGCCUUCCUUCACUUGAGGAACUGAUAAUGGAGAAUUUGGCCAACUGGGAGGGGUGGGCAGCAGCUGCAACAGGGGAAACAAUAUUUACUUCUAUGCCAUGCUUAAGAGAGGCGUAUUUUUACAAAUGUCCAAAGAUGCAGACACAAGGCAUGAUUGAUGAGUUGGCACGGCUCCAAACUCUGAGAGUGACGAAAUGCCCAAGUGCAAGAUUGGGAUGGAAAUUGCUUAAAAACAUGCCUAACCUCAUUUACUUGGAACUAGAUGGACCAGCUUUGGAAUCAACACUGCCAUCACCAUUGUCAUUGCAGGUAUCAACAUUUCUACCCUCCCUCGAGUCUCUCACAUUGAAGGAUAACAACACUGAAGAUCUCAAAUGGGGAAAGGUGCCUGAGUCGGUGUGGGGUCUCUCCCAACUAAAGGAAUUGAGACUCGAAAGCUUCACUGAGGACAUCAGCUUGGGAGGCCGCUGGCAAUGCCUUCCAAAACUGAAAGACCUUCGGCUUUCUGACUUCCCCAAUCUCAAGUCUCUUGUGGACGUCAAUAAUAUUACUCCCCAACAAAAUGAACCAACAUGUCCCACAGAUGCACAGGAACAGAUCGCCUGCCUCUCAAAGCUUGAUUGCAUACAUAUUUCCACAUGCCCCGCACUUGAUCUGCUGCAGGUUAGAAAGAAGAUGACUAGUGUUGCUAUAAGAUGUCACUGA